AUGCAGCAUAUGGCUCUGAACAUCAACCGUGGCCUUACGUUGAGGCCCUUGGUACCUCAUAUGAAACUUUGCGCGUUCGUUCGCCAUAAUCAUGUCAACCAUUAUAAUAACCUUAAUCUUAAAUCAAGGGAUGCCUCUGCUUCAGAAAUCAAAUCGAACUUUCGCAAACUGAGUCUGCAGUACCACCCAGACAUGCUAAAGUCACAGAACUUGAGUCCAGAGGAGAUCGAAACCAAGAAUCAGAGAUAUCUGCAGAUCAAAAGGUCUUAUGAGAUUCUUAUAGAUCCUAGCAAAAGAGCAUCCUAUGACACAUCCGCUUCGUCAGAAUCUGCUUCUCCUAGACCUAUGCAUAACUUCAAGCCGUCGUACAGACGAUCACCUUUUACAGCCCAUGGCUACUCUCCGCGAAGCCCAAACUCGGAUGAUGUUCCUCACUUUGAUUUUAACAAGCAUCUCAAACGCAACAUCCGUAACGAGAAACGGAUGCACGAAAAUCGGAUGAUGCAGUCUGGCCAUCCUACGCCAUACAACGUCCGCUACUCAAAUUUCAGAGGAGGAGUUUACGACCCUGCACAGCAUAGGCACUACAGCACCACCAUGCCAGCCCAGGGCCCAGUUAUUGGGCUCGUUGGCCUAUUGGUUGCUUUCUAUGCGCUGGGGUCAAUAGUUGGCUCUGAUGACGUUACUAAGAUUCCCCGCAAGAAGCAAGUUCAUGGUCGUACUGUCUCUGAAAUGUCUUCGCGCGGACAGAGCGACUACUCCUCGCAGCUGGUUUCCAGUGCAAUUACGCCGUCGAAAUAG